AUGGAAGAAGAAGAUGGAGACGCGUCUACGCCGUUUUGGCUUCAAUCUCGCCGCAAUAACACUUACUUCCGCCGCACAGCUAGUCUCGGUGGCCGUGCAACCACCGUCGCUACUCAAGUAUUCUUCGCCGGAGCAGCUACAAUCCUCAUAGUCUUCUUCAUUAUCCCUCCUUUAUUUUCCUCUGUUUCUCAGAUUUUCCGACCUCAUUUAGUUCGUAAAAGCUGGGAUUAUCUCAACUUCGUUCUCGUUCUCUUUGCCGUCGUUUGCGGUUUCCUCAGCCGUAACACUACCACCGGUGAUGAUCGUAACAAGGAAGAAGAAAUUAGUAGUAAUAACAAUUUCUCGAGCUCGCCUUCGAUCAUUGAUCGAUGUCGUUUAUCUAACGGUGGUGGUGGUGCCACGCCGCGUUACUGGAUCGACGAUCGCGGUGGUGAUCAGUUUCCCGAUCAGACUGUGUAUAAGAGAUUUUGUAGAUUACGGAGUAGUAGCUCGUAUCCAGAUCUGAAGCUACGAGAAUUCGAAACCGAUGAACGGUGGAGAUUUUACGAUGAUACACGUGUAAGUACUGAAUGCCGUUACGAAGCUUCAGAUCGGAUCUAUCAAAACUGGCGAGAGGUUAAACCGGAGAAAGAUGUAGAUCCAACAGUCACCGGCGACGGCGACGGAGGAGGAAAGAUCCUCGACACUGAGAAAAUUGAAGUAGUUGCGACGGCGACGACGACGGCUGAAGUGGUAGAAGAGCGAACGGCGAUUCCUAAUCCGGCGUCUCCGCCUCAUGCUCCUCCACCGUCUAAGCCAGUGAAGAGGAAGAUAAAGAGAGUGUACCAAGAUCUGCCCCCGGAGGAAGAGAAGAAGGAGAGAGCAGCUCCGGUGACACCGAUUCCACCACCGGCGAUUAUUCGUAAAGCUCCGGUGGAAUCACGCACAUCUAAACCAAAUCCGCCAGCUAAAGUAACGCAAUUCGUAGGCACAGGAAACGAAUCGCCAUUGAUGCCGAUCCCACCUCCGCCUCCACCUCCUCCGUUUAAAAUGCCGGCAUGGAAGUUCGUGAAGCGUGGAGAUUACGUCAGGAUGGCUAGUGACAUCAGCAUAAGCUCCGACGAACCUGAUGAUGAUCCGGAUGUAGCUCAAUCAGUCGCCGGGAAUUUGUUCUGUCCGAGCCCCGACGUAGAUACAAAAGCCGAUAACUUCAUCACGAGAUUCAGAGCAGGACUCAAAUUAGAGAAGAUGAACUCUGAGAAAAGAGGGAGAUCCAAUUUAGGACCCGAACCCGGACCGGAUGAAUCCGAAUCCUAA